GUAUAGAAAAGAAAGGAGGAAAAUCGCGGUUGCGGCGCAGUUGGUCGCUAAGCCCAUGCAAACCCGAGCGUGACACGUCCAUCUAUCGAAAUUAAUUCGUGUUCGUACUUUCCCACUGUGACCCGUGCGAUCGCGAGUCAAUUCGACUGUGUGUGCUCGCGAGAGGUUCGCCGUGGUUGUGUGGUUUGCGAUGCAAGUGCGAUUGCCGGUGAGUAAGUGAGAAAUCGGUGAAACGCGAUUCUUCUGCAACACCUCGAAUCCGCGCAAAUCGCUCGACGGAAAAUCAUCUCAAGGUUAUUCGCGUUCCUUUUGUUUUCGUACAUUCCGAUGAAUGUUUAGUCACGGGUCACCUUCCAUCGCAGCAAUUGUGUGUAAUUUACGCAUCGUAACCGGUAUUACGUCUAGGAAGCUGAUAUACACAGGCACACUUCGAUCGAAUCAAAUCUUUGGAAGGUAUAUAAAGUAUACUCUGAGAGAGAGAGAGAGAGAGAGAGAGAGAGAAAGUAUUGGUAAUGUAAACUGUCAUUAACGUCUCUUUCCGAAGAAUCUGAACAGGAAAAGCAAUGUCAUCAUUUCCGUUUCAUAGGGUGUAUGCUAGAGAAAUCUUGCUAGAUCUUGGUAAGAUUUCAGCAAAAAGCACAUAGUCUCAGCAACAUGGAUCUUGCAAAUCAACAGAUUUCAGUUAAUCCUUGUCUGGAUGUCAAUGCAACACUUGGAAUAGAUGAAGCGUAUCUCAGCGUUGUGAAUAAAUACAACAUAUCUAUCACAUUGUUUUCCGAUCUACUUGAAUGCUUCAUGUGCUAUGGAGUACCAACAGCUGUCUUACCAGCAAACAAAAAUAGUACAUUAGUCAUACCUACAAAAUAUCCCCUGCAAGUGUUUUAUCAAGCUAAUGAUUACUUAUAUUGUCAAACUACGUACAUUUUUAAAGAACAUGGAAGUUACGGGUGGAAUAUUUCCCAGGAGGACUUAUGCUCGGAUAUUUACACGAUCCGUGAGCCGAUAAACAGUUAUCUUCCGAUAUUUGUAGCUUUCAUGGUGUUUACCCUCUUAUGGGUCUUAUUCGCAACAUGUAGGGUGGUUAUACGUGUGGUGAAAGGGAAAUUAUCGCCGGACACGGUGCACGAUGACUUGGAUAGACUUCAAGAAGCAGAGACGUCGAACCCAGUAAUGAGGACCAGCAGAGUCAGUACCAGAAUCCGUUCGGUCGACACAUUCCGAGGGAUCACUAUAUUAUUGAUGAUAUUCGUUAACAAUGGCGGUGGCAAGUAUGUGUUCUUCAAUCACAGCGCUUGGAACGGCCUGACCGUCGCGGACUUGGUUUUACCUUGGUUUGCAUGGAUCAUGGGAUUGUCUAUUACCAUAUCGAAACGGUCGGAACUUCGCGUAUCGAAUUCACGCGGCAAGAUUAUCUUACGUUGCUUGCAGCGCGCGUUUAUCCUUACGCUUCUCGGACUGAUGUUGAAUUCGAUUUACACGAAGUCGUUGAAGGAUCUCCGGUUUCCGGGUGUUCUUCAAUUGCUGGCUGUUUCGUACUUCGUGUGCGCCGCCAUCGAGACCGUGUUCAUGAAGGCGCACUCUCAGGACGACUUGUUGCAGUUCGGUCGAUUCACAGUAUUGCGAGACAUUCUGGACAGUUGGGCGCAAUGGUGCAUUAUCUUAGCGAUCGCGACGACGCAUACUCUCAUCACUUUCCUCAUGCCCGUUCCGGAUUGUCCGAAUGGAUACUUAGGACCAGGUGGUUACCACCAUUUCGGAAAGGAGGUCAACUGUACCGGAGGCGCAGCUGGAUACAUAGAUAGGCUCGUUUUCGGUAGUCACAUGUAUAAUAAGACACACAAUCCUGUGUACGGUACCAUUUUACGUCACGAUCCUGAAGGAAUAAUGAAUACCAUAUCUGUAAUACUUGUCGUGUAUAUGGGGGUGCACGCUGGGAAGAUCUUGCUGCUCUAUUACCAAUGUAACGCGAGAGUGGUCCGUUGGCUGCUAUGGUCUGGUGUCACGGGUCUUAUCGCGGGUAUAUUGUGUCAUUUCGACAAAGAGUCUGGAGUGAUACCGGUCAGCAAGAAGAUGAUGUCGCUUUCCUUUGUUUUGACAGUAUCAUGUUUUGCAUUUUUAUUAUAUGCCAUCUUGCAUUUCUUCAUCGAUUACAAGCAAUAUUGGAGCGGAGCUCCAUUCAUUUACGCAGGUUUGAAUCCGAUCACCCUUUAUAUCGGUCAUAUAAUAACUAUGAAUUUAUUCCCAUGGGCUUGGAAGUUGACACACGCUACGCAUUGGUCGUUACUCGCUAUGAAUCUGUGGACUACAACCUUAUGGGGUGUUAUCGCAUAUUGGCUUUACUUGAAAGACGUUAUCAUAUCUAUUUAAAAUUAUUUUCGAAGCAGCUGCUACAUAGUGACGGUCGUUAUUGUAUAAUAUAUUCCCGCGCGGAAUUAAAGAAACCGUUACAUUGUAAUACCGCGCGUUAACACACGCUUAUAAAGUUAGGAGAAACGUGAAUCUUGAAGGCGAAUAUUUUCGAGCCGCCACAGUGGCAAAAAUAACGAAACGGAAUGAGAAGCGUAGCUCUGCGGCACGUAAUUGGUGUUAAUGUUCUUUGACGAAUUUUAUAAAAUUAUACAUGUUACAAUUCAUUUUAAGCACACACCGUGUACUCAUUUUCUAAAUAAACAAUGCUUUUUGUAAAACUCAA